AUGACAACUUCAUGGGCAGAUGCUGUUGAAAAUGCAGCCGCCACUGGAUCUUCUGAUAAAGCUGGUCCUAGUAGCGGCAAUGAGCGCCCGCCAGCUCCCACUAAGCCUUCAUAUGUCCCUCCGCACCUUAGGAACCGGGCCCCACCUGCCCCGUCCAUUGGCGGCGCGCCAGACAGGUCCAAUUACAGCGGGCCCACUAGUGGGUCCCGAUGGCCCAACUCCAGGCCCGAUCAUGGGCGCCAGGGAUACAGCGGCGGCCGUGGGGCUGGUGGUAGAGGUGGUUGGGGAGGUGGCAGUCGUGAAAGGGAAGUCAACCCUUUUGGUAAUGAUGAUGUGGACUCUGAUGCCGACCGAGUUUUCAGUGAACAGGAAAAUACUGGAAUUAACUUUGAUGCUUAUGAGGAUAUCCCUGUGGAGACGAGCGGUGAUAAUGUUCCACCGCCUGUGAACACGUUUGCCGAGAUUGAUUUAGGGGAAGCGGUGAAUCUUAAUAUCCGCAGGUGCAAAUAUGUUAAGCCAACUCCUGUACAGAGGCAUGCUAUGCCAAUUUCGCUGGCUGGAAGGGAUUUGAUGGCUUGUGCUCAGACUGGGUCGGGAAAGACUGCAGCUUUCUGUUUCCCGAUUAUAAGUGGGAUUAUGAAAGGUCAUUUGUCUCAGAGGCAGCGUGGGGUUCGUACGGUUUACCCGCUGGCUCUUAUUCUCUCGCCGACUAGAGAACUAUCCAUGCAGAUACAUGAUGAAGCUAGAAAGUUUGCGUAUCAAACUGGUGUCAGGGUUGUUGUUGCAUAUGGAGGAGCACCUAUACAUCAGCAGCUUCGUGAACUUGAAAGGGGAGUUGACAUUCUUGUGGCGACUCCCGGACGAUUGGUUGACUUGCUUGAGAGAGCCAAGGUCUCCUUACAAAUGAUACGAUAUUUGGCACUUGACGAGGCUGAUAGAAUGCUUGAUAUGGGUUUUGAGCCUCAAAUCAGAAAGAUAGUUGAACAAAUGGAUAUGCCACCUCGUGGGGAGAGACAGACGAUGCUAUUUAGUGCCACCUUCCCAAAAGAAAUCCAGAGAAUGGCAUCAGACUUUCUUUCAAAUUACAUAUUUUUGGCAGUUGGAAGGGUUGGUUCCAGUACAGACUUAAUUGUUCAGAGAGUGGAAUACGUUCAGGAAGGUGACAAGAGAAGCUAUUUGAUGGAUCUUCUUCAUGCUCAGAGGGCCAAUGGAACUCAGGGGAAGCAAGCUCUUACUCUAGUAUUUGUGGAGACAAAGAAAGGAGCUGAUUCGUUAGAACAUUGGUUAUACAUGAAUGGUUUUCCUGCUACUACUAUUCACGGGGACAGAUCUCAACAGGAAAGAGAGCUCGCUCUAAGAUCUUUCAAGAGUGGAAAAACGCCGAUAUUGGUCGCAACUGACGUGGCAGCCCGCGGGCUUGACAUCCCACACGUGGCCCAUGUCAUCAAUUUUGACCUCCCCAACGAUAUCGACGAUUACGUUCACCGGAUCGGACGUACGGGGCGGGCUGGCAAAACGGGCCUGGCAACGGCCUUUUUCAACGAGAACAACAUGUCUUUGGCAAAGCCGUUAGCCGAGCUGAUGAAGGAAGCCAACCAAGAGGUGCCCGACUGGCUGACCCGUUUUGCGAGCCGAUCGUCUUACGGAGGCAAAAGCAGGCGUGGUGGCGGAAGAUUUGGUGGCCGUGACUUUAGAAGGGACUCGUCUUACGGUAAGGGUGGUGGUGGAGAUUACUAUGGUGGUUAUGGCGGUGGAUAUAAUAAUAACUCGGGGACGACAAGUGCCUGGGAUUAG